AUUCAGACACUCAAAGAAACCCACCAGCUCUGAGAGCAGGAUGGGCCCUGCAAGCUUGACACAGAGUGCAGCAAGGCCCUCCUGCCCUGAUGCUGUUGGAAGCUUGCGGUGGCAGUCUGUCCAGUCCCUACAGAACAGUUCUGUCUGUACUUUCUCGUUGGCCCUCACAGCCUCCCCCACUGUGGACCCCAGCCAGAGCAGUGGGUGCUGUGCUUGCUGCUGCAGGGAGGCAACUGUCCCCAGGACUGGAGCCAGCCAUGCCUAAGUACUCAAGGCUUGGCAUGCCUUUCCUGCUGUAGUGGUGAAUCAUGGGGUGCCACCCCAUGGCUCAUACUGUAUGUGUUGGUUGUGACAUGCCAGCAGUACCAGGGUUACUGAUUGCUGAAUACGGCAGCUCCAUGAGAGUAAUAAGGAACUGGUAGCCUGUUGUCUGUUUAUUCAAUGGAAAUGGGAGGAGAUGAUAAUGCCCAUUGCAACACAUAUUCUGGUGAGAUGCUCAGGAGCCAUUUCUGAAACUGUCAGAAAGGCAAUUUGUGGAGUGCCUCACGUUGCCCCCUUCAGCUCUGUUCACCUGUCCUCCCACAGAGUUCAGAUCCACAGGUCAACCCUACUUCUCCAAUGACAGGAAAAAUGAGCUAGCUCUAGGCUACACACUGCCAGUCCUGCCAGAUUCUAUAACUGUCUUAUUGUCUCACCUUGCCCAGUACAAAAUCUGGGUACCAUCAGAAGAGAGGGCUAAAUGAGAAAGAUAGCAGUGUAUUAAAAGGUCUUUGACACAUUAGCUAAGUGUCCAUGCUACAUCUUUUCCUUUCAAAGAAAGCAAUCCUGGAACAAAAAGAGAGGGAAGCUGGAGCUGUGGGUGAAUGGUACACAGCUUCAGAGAUUUCAUGCCAUUAGACCUUCAAAUAGAGCCAAAUAACCAGAGCUGCUUAAGAAAAAACAUUGACAACUAACAAACAGGGUGGUGUGUGAAGGGUCUGUUGGACCGGGAGACCUUUACAGCAUGAUGUUGCUGUGUUGUUAUGCCAUCUUGAACCUACUACAGCUUUCAAGUACCAGUUGCUUGCUUCAACUCUUCUCCAUGUACCUUAGGUUCUGUGGCUUUAAUCCCCUUUACUAAUAAACAGGUCCUGUUUUUAGAGAAAGAUGAUCCUUUGAGAGCGCUCUUCCAUCAGGAACCCCUUUUCUUUCAGAGUCCCCUCAGAGAUGUCAAGUAACAUGCAAAUAUUCUGCAAUAAUUAACACAAUUCUGUUUCUUUUUGACCCAGCAGCAUUUGACUGGGAAGGCUGAGAGAGCCAGAGACAUAGGCAUAUAUAUAGCUCAUAAAUCUCAGGAUAUUUGGAUUUCUCAAGGCCACAUCCUCCAUUGUCGUCUUUUGUAAACAUAUCACUGCCUUUCGACCACACCUAGGUUUUCCCUGAUGCAAUAGCAAACUAGCAUUAAACCACAAAUGUGCUGGUAUCAUUUUUCAGGUAUUAUACUCACAGAUGCUUUGCGUCAUGAUGUGGGUGUAGGUUAGAGGACCCUGCCAGCCAUACAAACUAGCCUAAGUUGGAGUUUGGAGGUACUCUGGGCCAAAGAAAAUCCCUUCAGCAUUGAGACCAAGGAAGAAGUCAAGACACGGGUCUGAAGGUGCUCUUCAGGGAUGCUCAGACAAGAUCUGCAGAGCUUUAGCAGAGCUGCUGCCCCAGUGCCCUUAUAACUGAUCCUGGGAAAAUAAGGGAAGAUUGGCAAGGAGGAUUGUAAAUAUACUCAAGUAUCUUGCAGGUGAAGUGUAGAAAAACACAUACAUUAUACUAAUAGUCUUUAGUCUUGUGUGUCUGGUAAGUGUUACAUCUGUCUUUAUAUAACAUAGGCCUGGGCUAGACUUAGAACCACCCCACUGCGCAUGCCUGACAUUUCUGCUUUGCUGCGGUAAAGAUCAAACCUCAGUGGUAAACUAUGCCUGUAAUAAUCCCUGAUAUACAUGUGAAAACAGCAGGUUUGGUGAUCCUUGAGCAUGCACCAGACUCCACAGUGCUGGCAUCCCUGUUUGUGUGCCUCUACCUGGGUCCUGCUUUGAGAAUACCUUGGUUGGUGAGGUAAUGGAAAUAAAUUUACUUUGCAUUUCAUCUGUGUUUUUGUGGUUGGUCCUGCACCCUGCUUGUGCCAGCUCACACACAUUGAUCCACAGCCAUCUUCCCUGUGUUAGCUGGGGAGCAACAGUGGUGUACCCUGGCAUAGGCUCACAUUGUGCAUCUGCUCUUCUCUGUGCUGUCUGGGGUGGCCAUGUUUAGGAUUAGGGUGAUUUCCCUCAGAUAUGGGGACCUAGGCAAGGAGGCAACCUCAUGCCUAGUGCUCUCUUUGGGAAAGGAACUUCUCAGCUUGAAGUGUAUUAGUCCUCAGCUUCCAAAGGGGCUGGUAGUAAGUUCAACCCCGACAGGGAAACUGGCACUACAGGCAAGCUGGGACAAGUUGCACCUGUCAGCAGUGAGACCAUCUGUUCCCCCAGGUGCUUUAGGAACCUCAGUGUAGCCCAGCUCUGGGCUCUGGCCUCACCCACUCCCAGCAGCCCUGUCUGCCUUCAACAGGUCUCAAGACCAGAGGAGUCCCUGAGGGUCUUCCUACCUUGAGGCCAUGGACUUUGGCUGCAAGAGCCUGUCUACAUGAGCCUGCUCUCUACCAUCACGUAGCCAUGCAGUGGGAAGAUGUGGUUUUCACUGAUUUGGACCCAGGAUGGUUACAAGGAAGCAGUCUGAGGGAUGAUGGUGGAGGCCCUGGUGAACCAGAACCCAGCCUUUCCAGGAGCUCAGGUCCCUUGCAAUCAUGGUGAAGUCUAGAAGAGUGCAGGUGCUCCUGAUUCUGGUAGUUCUGUCCUUCCUUCUGAUCCACUUCCUACCCUGCAGCAACAAUGCCCACAUGGAAAAAAAACCCUCUCCUGUCCACAUCCUCAUUCUUUCCUCCUGGCGAUCAGGAUCCUCCUUCACUGGACAAAUCUUCAGCCAGCACCCCAGUGUCUUCUACCUGAUGGAACCUGCAUGGCACGUUUGGGUUAAGAUGUACCAGAACACUGCCAAAGUCUUACACAUGGCAGUGCGGGACUUAGUCAGGUCGGUCUUUCUGUGUGACAUGUCUGUGUUUGAUGCUUACAUGUCUAGCCAGAAGAAAAAGUCUGAUUUAUUUCAAUGGGAGACAAGCCGAGCCUUGUGCUCCCCGCCUGCCUGUGACUCAUUCAGUCGCAGUGACAUAAUCACUGCAGGCAAUUGCAAAACAAUCUGUGGCAAGUACCCAUUCAGCAAGGUGGAGGAAGCUUGUAAAACCUAUAGCCACGUUGCCAUCAAGGAAGUUCGGUUCUUUGACCUGAAAGUUCUCUAUCCCCUUCUCACUGAUCCAUCCCUGAACCUCAAAAUCAUUCACUUGGUACGUGAUCCUCGGGCUGUGUUCAGGUCCCGAGAGAAUACAAUGGCAGACCUGAAACGUGACAGUAACAUUGUUGUGGGGUCUCAGAAGACAAAGGGAGAAAUGGGGCCCUACAACACAAUGCAAGUAAUCUGCAAAAGCCAUGUUGAGAUAUACAAGGCAGGAAGUCAGGCCGCUCCAAGCUUCCUGAAAGACCGGUACCUGUUAGUUCGCUAUGAAGACAUUGUCAGAGACCCGCUAGCAAGGGCUGCUCAGAUGUACAGGUUUGCAGAACUCCAUUUCACACCAGAACUUCAGAAGUGGGUCCACAACAUCACGCAUGGGAAGGGUCAUGGAGCACAGGCCUUUGAUAUUGGGUCGAGAGAUGCAGUGAGAGUAUCCCAGGCCUGGAGAAAGACACUUCCCUUCCAGAAAAUAGAAAAAGUGCAAAAUGUGUGCAAAGAUGCAAUGGAUUUGCUGGGCUACCGGCUUGUCCAGUCUGAAGAAGAGCAGAAAAAUAUGUCUUUGGAUCUUUUGUUUGCCCAGAAUUCCUCUGAAUAUCAAAUUCUGAAGGCAGAAAAGCUGAUCUCUACACCUACUCUCUGAAGGCUGCAGAGUGCUGAACUACAACAAGAGUGUUCACUAGAACAACAGAGGACAGAGGUGCAGGCAUAGAAGCAUAGGAGUGUGUGCAUGGAUGCAAGGACAAAUGGUACAAGAACCCUGACUCCAUUCAGGAGAGCUCUCAGCAGCACAGGAUCAUUCUCCAAGACCCCUGGAGACUCAGCCACAAUGGAGGCUAAAGUAAUGCAAGUUUGUUUUCCAAAUUAAUUAUGGUUAGGUUGGAGCAUAUAGAAUGCUAAAGGAGUAGGACCGGAUAGUAGAAGCUCAAACCCUCCACAGACCACAGCUGAAGACUAGGGAAACCACAUGAAGCAAUUGCACAGCAAAGGAAGAGGAAAUACAAAAGGAAAAUGAAUAAAGGUAACAUUACUUGACAUGCUGCCACACAGGAUAUGUAGGGCCAGAAAAGAUGCAAGGAUGACCAGACAGUUGGUUUCUGGAAAGAUGUUGGGGUUUGGGGUUGUUUGUUUUGUUUGUUUGUUUUUGAAUGGUUGAGUUUCCAAGUCCAGUUUUCCUUUUGCUCCAUUCACAUGCCUGAGUAUCCAGCCUUGGUGGCAAAGUGGGGAAAUGCUUGUGUUCACUUACUGUAUAAUGGGAAAAUGGAAUAAACCAGCUAUUGCUGAAAAUAAAAGCUCCUGGGUUUUCAUGUGGGAAACUA